GUUCACGGAAUGGUCAAAUUAUCGUACAUUUGGCCUUUUGUUUUAGGAAUAUUGAUUGUACAUCGUACAGAGAGCAAAAUUGUGGUACAAAUACGAUAAUUAUCGUACACCUGGCAACACUGAGCAGAACAGUCUUCCACAGUUCCCUUUUGCUCAUUUCCCUCUGGCUCCUGAGGAAAGCCCGAUUGUACCGCGGAGGGGCUCAUGUAACUUUGAGGAACUUCAUAUUAAGGCUGCCGAAAGAAAUAUAAAUAUAAUCCCUGCAGCAUUAACAGGUUGAGGCCUAAAAACCUGCCUAAAAACAGACGAGAGACAUAGUUCAGAGUUCAAACUACCAUCCAUCCAUCAAUUUUCUACACCCGCUUCUUCUGUACAGGGAGCUGGUGCCCUACGGGCAAGAGGAUAAAUGACUGCCCAAACAUCCAAGGUGGUGCUGUCAUUGGACACUAAAGAGGUGGACUCGCUCAAAGAUGGCGUGAACUUCAAGAAAAACCCCAGCGAUGGGAAAUGUUACAUCAUAUACAAGAGCAGUGGUGGCUUUAAAGCAUGCAAGAAUCAGUGCAAACACCAAGGAGGGGUGUUUAUCAAGGAUAUAGAAGAUUUGGAUAGCAGGACAGUCAAAUGCACCAAACACAACUGGAAGUUAAACAUCUCAUCAAUGAAAUACGUGAACCCGCCUGACAGCUUCCAGCAGGAUGAACUCGAAGUUGUGAUCUUGGAUGAAGGGGGGAUGCAACUCGUGGAGCUGAGCCCAAUUGACCCCUGGCUGACUGCCCCCAGAAAGCCUCUGGAGCUCCAGGAGGGAGAAGUGAAAAUAACGUACCUCACCCACGCUUGCAUGGAGCUUCAGUUCGGACAGAAGUGCUUCCUGUUUGACCCCUGGCUGAGGGGUCCUGCCUUUGCCCGAGGCUGGUGGCUUCUCCACGAGCCCCCGGCAGAUUGCCUGGAUAGACUCUGUGCAGCUGAUCUGAUCUACAUCAGCCACUUGCACUCUGACCACCUGAGUUACCCCACCCUGAAAGUGCUGUCGGAGAGGAGGCCCGAUGUUCCCAUAUAUGUUGGUGACACAAGCAGGCCAGUUUUUUGGUAUUUAGAGCAAAGCAAAGUCAAGCUGACCAAUAUCAAAGUCACUCCUUUUGGUGUUUGGCAGAACGUUGAUGAAAGCCUGAGGUUCAUGAUUCUGAUGGACGGUGUCCAUCCUGAAAUGGACACCUGCAUCAUUGUUGACUAUAAAGGUCACAUGAUCCUAAACACAGUGGACUGCACCAGACCGAAUGGUGGCAGACUUCCACAAAAUGUGGACCUGAUGAUGAGUGAUUUUGCUGGUGGUGCUUCUGGAUUUCCAAUGACUUUUCAAGGGGGAAAAUACAGCAGCUCUUGGAAGGCAGAGUUCAUCAAGAAUGAAAGGAAAAAGUUAUUGAACUACAAAGCUACGCUGGUCAAAUCACUACAGCCAAGGAUCUACUGCCCCUUUGCUGGAUAUUUUGUGGAAGCUCAUCCAUCAGACAAGUACAUUAAGAAUACAAACAUCAAAAAUAGCCCAGAGGACCUCAAUGCACUGAUCAAUAAGCUUGCACCAGACACCAAGACGUGGACGCCCAAGCCUGGCGCCAUGCUGGACCUUUGCCUUGCACUGAAAGACCCCUCAAGCAGAAAGGCCAUCACUGAUCCUCCAGCAAGUACCAAAAUCUACAAGGACAGCUGGGAGUUUGACUUGUAUGUAGAUGAGCUGAACAGCGCCUUGGACAGUGAGAUAUUUAAACAUUCAGACUGGAUCCAGUUUUAUUACACCUGGGCAGGCUUUCAAGACUACAACCUGGUGGUCCGGAUGAUUGAAACAGAUGACAACUUUGAACAACUCUCUAAUGGUUAUGACUACUUUGUGGACUUCUUGGAUUUAUCUUUUCCCUCCACAAGACCGAACAGAGAACACUGCUACAUUGAGAUUAAAAACAGAGUCGGUGUGAUGCGGUAUGUGGUGCUGCAUGGCUGCCUCUGGGAUGACCUGUAUAUUGGCUUUCAGAACCGCAUCAGCCGAGAUCCGGACAUCUACCACCACAGGUUCUGGAAUCAUUUCCAGACCCAGUUACCACUUUGCUGUCCAGACUGGAACCAGUUUCUGGCGGGGUACACCCUGGACAGGUUGCCAGUCCAUCGCAGGGCAACGCAGAGACACAGGACAAACAACCAAUCUCAACCAAACUCCAUGCAGAAAGACCCCCCAGACCCAGAACCUUCUUGGUGUCCAGGUGCUGAUACCCCACAGGGGCAACCAGGAGGUGUUCCCCUUCCCUCUGAGGGCGGAGACAGGCAGACCGUCCUAGCACCUGAACCUGGUCCAGGCAUCCUGCCAACCCCACACCCAAACCCUGGAGGUUCCCCCAGGAUGCCAGCUACCCACGGCACACCUCGCCACACCUCGCAGGAUGGCCAGCCCCUCCACCUAAGCGAAGCCACAUCUCAAUGA